AUGAGGGCGAGUUCGGCCUACCCCCAGGUGUCCAACAGGCAGUACGUGAAGUUCGUGGCGAUCGUAGUUUGUGUCUGUUUUCUCUUUGCCUUCUUCGCGGACAGGCCCACCCUAAACAAUGAGGGUGAGCCCGCCCUGCCGGGUACGGACAUCAAUCUGCGCGGAGGGCAAGAUGGCGCUCUUCCUGCUGCUGCAAGCGGAGGCUCGGCGAAGCUCAGCGACCUGAUCGCGGUGGGUCUGGGGCUUACGGAACUGGCUUCGCAGGAAAUCAAAGACGUCAAGGCCGCAGGAGCGGAAGAGCUGAGGGUCAAGGGUCUCACGAAGGAAGGAGUGGAAGAGCCGGUCACGGUGGCUGACACCAACUCCAACAGCGUGUUCGUGAACGGGUACAGACACUUCUUUCCCGGUGUCCAGAUGCUCUCUGAAGAGACUGAGCCCGAGAAGGCUGACACCAAGCUUUACAACCCAGCUCUCCCCGCAGGACUCAGGCUGGAGUCGAACCCCAGCCUGGAUCUGUCGGAGGUUCUGGUCAUCGUAGAUCCUCUAGACGCCACCAAGGAAUUCGGCGAGGACCUGUUGGAGUAUGUCACGACGAUGGUGUGCGUCGUGUACCAGGGAGAACCUAUCGCAGGAAUCAUCAACCAGGUGUUCGAAGAAGACAAGCCGCCAGUUGUGGGCGUGAUCCCGCUCCAGCCCGGGGACCAGGGUGUGCUCUUCAACAGAGCCAAGCAGGACCCGGUUGGUGACGCUGCGCAUACGGUGACCAUUUCCCGCUCCCACACGGGGGAGGGGGGUAACGUGGUUGAGAAGUACUUGGAGGGGCACCAGACGCUGCUGGCAGGGGGAGCGGGGUACAAAUCGCUCUUGGUUUUGGACGGGAAGGCGGAGGCGUACGUUCACGUAACGGCUAUCAAGUCAUGGGACGUGUGUGCGGCAGAGGCGGUGAUGAAGGCCAGCGGUGGGGGGUUCAGCGAUAUCGAGGGAAAGCAACUGGCAUACCCCAUGGAAUACGACAGUACGCACUCCCAGGCUCUGUUCAAGAACGGCAUCAUCGCUACCGCCUCGAAAGAGCAGCAGGACUUCUUCGUCACCAAGCUAGACGGAAACCUCUCCUAAGAACGUUUGACGUGUAUCUGCUGUAGCUCCCUCGUCAACUCUACAGCAGCUCGCGGCGACAUCUCCGUACUCUUGAGAUGUGACACCGCCUGAGGUUUUGUGUGUGUUGGCCUCCCCCCUCCGUCGCUUGGGAAUGAUGUCCAUGUGAAACUGCUGCAGCCGUUCACACGGUGUCGGUUUUCUUUGUUUCUCGUCGCUUCUGAGGACGGUGUUCUCACGUCUGGAUCCUCGUCGGUUUUGUGGUUCGUGCUUGCCAGGUUUCAGUCAAUCGGUCGCUUUUGUAGUUCUGGGGUAGCGAAAUCACGAGCUCAAUGUUAAUUUUUUUUUGUUGUUGUUCGAUUGACUGCCCUGGUGCCGGUGCGAUGGUUCCAGCCUCGGUCGCGCCCAUAAUUUUGCUUGUGUGUUUUCACCCUCCUCGCUAUUUUUAUGUGUCUGGUUCUUAUUAUUGUUUCCAAUGUCGGAAGUCUUAAGCGCGAAGACUAUCGUCGCCUCCUUUGUUGGGGCCGUUGGUUACGCGAGUGUGGUCCUUGUACUUAUGUACGUCUCUUGUUUGUUCUUGCUCAUGAAUGAAAACUAGACUAAAUAGUGGUCUAAAAUAUUAUAAUUUGAAGCGUGUAGCCUCGUCCGGGCAGUCAUACCCUGUGCCCAUGGGAGGCGGGCGUCCUCGUCAGUUGGUUUAGAAUCGGAAGGUACUGAGCAGAGAGAUGGGAACGGUUUUUAGUGUCAAGACAACAACGAACGGUGGUAGUGAUUGUGCUGAAAUUUUAUCGGAGGUGAUGGUGGUGAAUGAAUGAGAGGCCAGGGACUGCUGCGGAGCACUCCGCGGAUCAAAAAUUUGAGAUGCCAGUCGGAGCGUAACCACGCACCCUUGGGCGUUGUUUUGUCUUGUCUCGAGUUACGUACGCCGAUUGAAUCACAGGAUGCAUGCAUGCAUACUUGAGAGAAGAGGGUGGCUUCUGAUGUUUCCACAGAGAGAGUUAUUUUCCCUACUUGGGUACGGACUUGCCCCAAGCAGGGUGGUUUGUACUUGGUGUGUCAGCACGAUGGCGAAUCAUGUGGAACAAGAGCAUCCAUCCACACGUGGUGGUACCACAGCAUUUAGGUGUCUCGAGUAGCAGUUGGAAUGGAGAAGUGCGUCUCGAUCGACCAGCCGGUAACCUGCGCAGGGGUUUCGAUUGAGUACUACUGUAAACAUGUUGGGUAAAUUAAAGCAUGCAUGAUAGGGUCUGCGAAGUUGGGUUAGGGGUAGGGUCUGCGUACCCCCCUCCCUGUCUACUUAUUUCCUCAAUCUCUUAAUUCUCGCCAAGCAAGGCGGUCCCGAUCGACGGGGAGGGGUGCACACCCGGGGGGAGGCCCAACAUGUUGGGUUUGUUUUCGUGAGCGACUCCCUCCUUUCUCUUUUCUGAAUGCAUACAAACGAAGAGGAUUUCGAGGGUUUUCUCCAAAGGCCGUCGAGAGGAGUUCGAUAGACACGCAUCAUCUGUCGGACUCGCGAUUAGACGAGUCUUCGACGCCGAAGAACGUUCAAUCAAGUCUAUGCCGUCUUUGCCCCCUUUUAUUGGAGAUGGAGUCCCAAUGGGUGUGAAUCAUCAGUCAGUGCCAAUCUACACGGAUUAG